AUGGGGACCUUGCAAGACUUGGACGGCAGUGUCCUUCCCUACAAGGCUCCCGAGGACGUCGAGUUGCCAGCGGAGUUUGACUGGCGAACGGACCCGCGAGCACAGGAUUGCCCCAGCUUGAAGGAAGUCCGCGAUCAGGCCGACUGUGGAUCUUGCUGGGCUUUCGGAAGCGUAGAGGCCAUGACGGAUCGCGUCUGCAUCGCCAGCAAAGGCCAGAAGAAGAUCCACCUUUCUGCCGAGGACGUCACGAGCUGUUGCAACCUCGGCGACAUGGGCUGCAACGGUGGGAUCCCGUCCACCGUCUACACGUACUACAAGUCUGUGGGUAUCGUGGAUGGUGGAAACUACGGUGACAAGUCCAUGUGCUACUCCUACCAGAUGCAGCCCUGCGCACACCACUCGGUGUCGCCUCACUACAAAAACUGCACCGGGGAGGAGCCUACUCCUUCCUGCGCGAGGAAGUGUGUGGACAAUGGUGCAGAUUGGAGCAGCAGCAAGCACUACGGCACUGGUGGAUACAGUGCCAUGAUGCAGGAAAUCUACAGCAAUGGCCCCAUCACCGGAAUGUUCUUCGUGCACCGAAGCUUCCUGUCAUACAAGUCCGGUGUCUACAAGGCCGGUUUCUUCUUCAAAGAUCCUAUGCUGGGUGGCCAUGCCAUUAAGAUCCUCGGUUGGGGCACCGAGAACGGCACACCCUACUGGCUGGUGGCCAACAGCUGGAAUGCGGAUUGGGGAGAUCAUGGUUUCUUCAAGAUUGAGCGCGGCACGAACCAGUGCCAGAUUGAGAAUCCAAUCAUCAACGGCGGUCCGGUUGCAGGCCAACCCAAGCUGCACUUGGAGGAGUUGGUCGUCUAA